AUGUCCGACUUGGACUACAGUCCCGGGCUGCGAGAAGCCUCCGCAUGGCUCUGCCUCCGGCAGGACAUCUACAUCUCCAUGGUGAACCAGACUCCGCUCAAGACUGAGCUCAGCGCCUUUGAGCAGUUGGACACCUUGCUCCGGCGCACGGACGACUUCGCAUACGCCGCAGCCAUGGUGCUGCUGCUGGCGCGAGUCAUGACCUGUGCCUUUGCCGAGCCGUCGGCCGACAAGCUGGAAGGGCUAGAGAAGCUUAGGGCCGAGGUUGAUGAGUGGUUCGACAAGAAACCAAGCAGCUUCAGACCAAUUCGACAAGUGCCACGGGACCUGAACGCAGGACGAGCUCUGCCUGAGUUGUGGUUGCUUCUUCCUUGUCAUGUGAUUGGGCUUCAGUAUUACCACAUCGCGCAGGUCGUCCUGCUCCUCAUCAUGCCGAUGGAGCAGAGUUCUGGCUAUGGAGAUUUACGCCGGGGGUCAAGAAAAGAAGCUACCAUACGCAAUCACCUGCGCCAUAUUAUUGCCCUGGCCCAGUCCAACACGCGGGCAGAAAACGUGCUCUUCUCUGCGAGGCAUGCAAUUUCAGUUUGGGGAGGCAUUCUACGUCACUAUGCGGACCAAGAAGCGGUCGAGUCUUUUCUGAGACACAUGCAGGCUAUCACAGGAUGGAACACGACCCCACUAAUCUCUUCGCUUAGAGAGCAAUGGAAUGAGAAUUGA